CUGCGCUGCUUCUCCCUGUCGGCGAUGGAUGGCAUGGAAGCUGACUUGGCAUUGGCUACUGCUGCCCGUUGUCAGCGCUUACCACGCUGAUGAUCACAGCUGCGGUUGGACUGACAAGCAGGUGCUCUGGCAGCGCCUGCGCCGCACUGCUGACUCUGUGCUGGCGGGGCGCACGUGGACUCCGGGUCAGGACUGGGCCUGGCAGAUCUCUCGGGACCUGGCCAACUGCCCCUUCGGGGUGCACGUCCUGCAGCUGCUGGACUUGGAUGCGGCCGGCCCGGAGGCGGCCAGGAGCCUGGACCUGGGCCGGUCCAAGGCUGCGGGCUUCGGUUUGUACAACUUGGUGACUUGGCUGAAUCUGGCGCUCACGGGGUGGCCCACCUUCGGCCUGCUGCACCGGCUCUGCCGCGCCCGUUUCGGCCUGGCGGACCGCUGUGUCGCCGGGGCCCGCGCUCCGAAGCCGGCAGUGGCCGGGGUGGUGGUGGCCGCAGCUGCGGCCCGGCGCCUGGAGCGGAACGCCUCGGACGCGCAGGUGCUGCAGCAGCUCUCACAACCCUUGGAGCACCUGAAGGAACUCUGGCUGGCGCGGUGGCGCUAUGCUCACAUCGCGCCGGCCCACAACCCCGUGACUUUGUGGCUGGGACUCGACCAGGAGGAGCCUUGCUGCGGCAUGUGGACGGAGCUGGAGGCCUUGCAAAAGAUGCUGCGCAGGCGCUUCGAGCUGCCCUGCGCCAGUGCCCACCGGCGCUUAGAUGGGGCUGUUUGCCCCGGGUGCCGUUUGGCGGCGCAAGGCUUCUGGCUUGAAGACCGGCGUGUGGCGGAUGAGUCCUUGGCGCAGCUGCUGGAAGGACUUCCCCCCGCUGGGGUGCUGCAGCCUGGAAUUGGCGCUGGGUCUUUUGCAGUGGCCACUGUGCUCACCUCGGAGGACUUAUUCCGCAGCAUACGCCAUGACGGCCAGGGCGUCUCCGGAGACGAGGACCUGGCCGAUGCCACCGCCAUCGUGCUGACCUAUGUUGACGCCCUGCGGACCUUGGCGCACUCCAUCCGCGCCGCAGCUGCGGCCGACGAGGUCCAAAGGCGUCUCCUCGUGCUGCUGUCGCUCCGAGCGGGGGAGGCCAUGCCAGAUGAGGCGCAAGAGGCGCUUCGUGCCAUGGAGCUGCAGGGUCUCAUCAGCGUGGUGCACCUGGCUCCGCCGCCGCAGCACCUGUGGCCGCGCGCCUGGGGCAAGCUGCAGCUGUGGAAGCUGGAGUUUGACCUGGUCCUAUACCUUGAUGGUGACAUCCUGGUGCUCGGCAGCCUGGAACCGCUGUUUCAGGCGGCGGUGAAGGCUCCCUUGGACUUUGCGGCCUCCCUGACACGGUCCAUGAUGGCUUUCAACGCAGGGGUGAUGCUCGUGAGGCCUUCAAUGCGCAUUUUCGAAGACUUGAAGAAAUCUUUGGAGGAGCUCCCGCAGUGGCAGGGCAUCUCUCGCUGGACGGGGCGGCCUUGGUGGAACGCUCCUCCCAAUAACUCCGCAGAUUUCGGAUCGUAUGGCGACCAGGACCAUCUGAACGAAUGGGUGGCCACCCACUUUGCAUUCCACGGGGAGUUGGUCUUAGACGCGUCCGCCUCGUGCGUACGGCAGCCUUGGCAGGCGCCGUAUGAGGCGACUCGCGGCAACGAGCCCCAGCAAGCGCUGGGCAGCUUUUGCUCGCUGCCCAUGGCCUUCAACUUCUGCGCCACCGCCACGUGUCUCCAGCAGUUGGCCUCCGGGGAGCAUGGCUUUGCCCAAGAGGCCUUGCGCAAAGCAGCCGGCAGGUCUGAGCCGGAAGCGCUCUCGCGGCUGCAGGAGUGCUGCACUGGCCGGGCGCUUUGCGGAAGCCCUGGCAGCGCUGCAGCGCGGCGGUCCGCUCGCGCCUGGACCGCCUUUGGUGGCGCUCCUUCGCCGCGGCCUGCGCGGAGGCGCCACAGGCGGCGCCCUGCCGCGUGCGCUGCUUCGACUGAGGCGGGGCGCCACGGCGCGGAGUUUCGCGCGGAUGGCGCGGGUUCGCGGAGGCAAGCGCCGUCAUCCACUCACCUGGUCCUGCCCACUUCAGCCGGCUGAGUCCGGAAGCUGGAGGCGCAAAGUUCGCGCCAGGCGUGGUUUGACGAGAGGCGUGGCGCGAGAGGCGUGGCGCGAGAGGCGUGGCGCGAGAGGCGUGGCGCGAGAGUUGCGCCUGGGGAUGGACGGGAUUGCACCAUUCAAGCGCAUCGGCUCUUGGCGAAGCUGCGCACGGCUGAGGGACCAAUCGGUCGGAGUUUGUGCGGCACCUCGAAGCAUUGACACUGCGUGGUCCAGGUGUUUUUGAAGUUUGAAGUUUCAGAGUUGGCCUUCGCAG